CUCUCUCGCUCUGUUGCUCUGCUCCAUCCUCCUUGACAUUGUCUCCUUGAUUCCUAAAUCCCGACUAUUAUCCACUUACAUUAACAUACACAUAUGGUACAGGCACAAAUCCGUUCUAGACACGUCCAGGACAUUACAAAGCCUUUAGUAAAUCCUACCCAGGAUGAUCGCAGUAUAGAAAUUACAACAGCCAUUGAUUCAAUUGAUACCAGUCAGGAGAUUGAGCGUUGGGAUGAUGCGUUUGAUCUAGAUGAACCUCAUGCACUAGAGCAUCUUUUUGAUCAGCUUCGCCGUCACCUUCCUCGCUCACCACUUUCAGAUAAUUCUGACCAGGGCGACUACUUCCAACUUGACGUAUCGUCAAGGUCUGUAACGGCACUUCAGCAGCAGCAGCUUCAACAUCUACAGUCACUCACACCUCCAACCACACCAGGCAGUAGACCCAGCAAUUCUCUUCAAUUAACCUCACGUCGUAGAACUUCGUUUCCCACCUAUACUCAUGCUCUACCCUCCCCUCCUACUACUACCACUGCUACGACACUCAUGUCUUCUAGGAGCAUCCUGGCCAGCCGUGGAAGCGACAGUGGAACUAGCCACAACUCUUUUCAGCGCCUCGUUGACUCAACAGCAGAAGCAUGCAUUAGCACUGGUCUCAAUUUUAUGAGCAGCAAUAGCUUUGUCAAUGGUAAAACAGAUGCAGCGGGAGGAAACCAUGGACCUACACCCGCGUCUAGCGCACGCGGAACAGUUCUUUGUGUGACCGACACCAGCUCUGACAAAGGGCUAUCGAAGAAAAAGCUAUCCAUGCCCUCUUCGACAUCAUCAUCGCCUGCAUCCUCAACGUCAUCUACACCUAGUGCUAUCUCAACAUCCUUUACAGCUCCCUCCACUGUAGUCACCACCAGAGGGUUGCUGUUACAGACAGACAAAGACAAGAGGAAAGAUAAGAGCCAUGAUGAAAACCCUUCGGUGUCAAUAAAGGCGAUGACGACCAUCACACAGGAGAUGAUGCAAUCCAAUCUUCCUGCAUACACGGGGAUUAUCACUCGCAUCAAUCCCAUCAAUCCUAUUAAACGCGUGGCAGCAUGGGUCGACGACUUGGAGGACUUGGAGGUGCCUGAGGGGGAGUUGAAUUUUAACCAUGUGCGUUCUAUACUCGAAAAGUCUUCAUCAACCGUGGUUGAAGCACUGGAGUCUGCUGACAGCUGGGACACUGACAGUGAAAACUCCGCAUCUCGAAGUGAUGACUUCUUCAGCGCAGGAAUGCAGCUAAAAUCUUUACCGUUAUCUAGUAUCGCCCCGCAAAUCAGAGCGGAUCCUGCAGCGCCGCCAAUGAAUAGCCUUCGUAGAUCCGGUGACAGCGGUAAUACGCGGAGUCGAAACAUUCGAUCGAAUGUAAUGAGUGAACCAGACACUAUUGAAACACUUGAUGAUGAUUUUGAUUUCCCAGAGGAUUUCGGGUCUCUUAGGCUCCAUACGGAGGCACGAAGAUAUGAAAGAAACUCAACUUCAGCUGAGAGUAGUCUUCUCAAAAGACAGUCAUCCUUGUUGCAGUGGCAGGACUCUGGAUCAGACAUGGAUGAGUUUGAUUUUAGUACGCCUCUGGAUAACGACAGCGUUUCGAGUAUUGCUUCGCUCUCUAAAGACAGUAUAGAUGAUGAGAGCUUUUUGGAUGGGAUCAUCUUUCCUGAGGCUAUGGAGAGUCUGCAACUGGUUACUAAUCGUCCUUAUCGUCCAGAGACAGAGCCAUCUAUUUUUGGAAAGGAAUCAUAUUUUCUGGAGGAUCAAGAUGACUUCUGGGAUGGACUAGAUAUUGGCGGUGAUGAUGCAUUCAACCGUAAGAAUUGGAACAAAAAUGUUAUUGUGCGAGCCGUGCCGUUAGGGCGAGAAAGGAGCGGUUCACGCGUUCAACGUGAAGUAGUGCCUUUGAAAGAUUUUGUAGCACUACCAUCUAGAAUUCCACGUCUCUGUCGUGCGCCUGGCGAUACUUCACGGCCUGUUACGCCGGCGCCAAGCCUCUCUCGAAUGCACUCCACCCAAUUUGAAUUACCUUUGCGGAAUCUCAAAUCAAAAUCAUCACUUCCGCGAUUGAAACGUACGAGUGUUUCCAAGAGGGAUGGAGGAGCUAGAUCGUCGCUAAUUUUCCUUGGCUCUGAUGCAGUAUUGGCAUCGAGUGAUGUUAGUAGCACAUACUCUUCCCCUCUUGCUUCUCGAGCUCCAACCCCGACAAUAUCCAAUAUCCCAGCCAGUAAGAGAAACUCACUCUUACAAAAUAAGGAUGGUUUUCCAACCUUCAAAAGAUCAUCACUAGCCAUACGCUCUGUUAGCUUCAAUGAACCAACUGAAGCGCCACAACAGGAAGAACCAAUGCCUACAACGUCAUUAGUUCUUUCGCCACCAUCUUCAUUGCCUCCAAUUGAAGCGAAAGCAGCAGCAAGCUCUCGAAGUAAUAGUAAAGGGUUCCCUAGUCUUCGGAUGCUUGUCAAGAAGUUAGAUUUCGCGCGGCCGCGGUUUUCAACGAGAGGAUUAAUUCCUGUUUUCGAGCCUGCUGCGCCUCCCAAAAUAACAUGCUCGGCUGAACAGCCCCACUUCACAAACCAUGAAGACGAAUCAAGGGCAAAGGCCUCGAAGGUUCCUCAUUCCCGAUCAUCUUCCUACACAGACUGGAGCUCUAUUCUCGCAUCUACAGAGACAACCAGGGAAAGUCGCUCACCUUCAAGGGCGGGUUUAGUUUCACUGGGGGGUAUCUCAGAAGUCUCAACUACGGAUAUUGGAGAGUCAGUUACGCCUGUUGCCGCCACAGAUAGGUUUUCACGCCGCUUAUUCUUGAAGCGCUCACCGAAGCAUAGCAUGUUUGGAGAUGGCUCAGAGCUUGAUCGCUUUGACAACCUUCCAACGUAUGGACCGCAGGAAUUGUAUGAGGACGAGAGAGCACGAGUAACAGUGCUUGCAGCACAAGCUCGAAGGCAGUCGACAGACAGAGUAGCAGCAUGGUUGCGAAAGCCUCAAUCAAUUGCCAAUUUUAAGGAUGUUAAUAAGACCGAAGCAAAGACAAACGAGCAACCUGACUCAAAUUCAUUAUCCAAAAUUCGUAAAUCUAAAUCGAUUCGCAGAUCCCUAUUUGAUAUUUUUGGGCAGAAUACUGGAGCGGACCAACUCAAGGACAAAGAAGAAAAGGGAAAAAGUCAACGGAAGAGGCGUAAAAUGUCGAAUGGUCCAACCUUGAUCCGAGAUUUGUCUCAAUCCCGAGUGCGCAAGGUCUCUGGAAUGAUCUAUAACCCCAAAGACAAGAUGUGGGAUGGCAAUGAUGAUAUUUUGGACGAUUUUGAGGAUGAUCAAAAUACAUCAACCCCUCAUGAUGCUAUUGCUCCUGUUUCACCAUCAUCCCAUUCCUAUUUACCAGCCCCGUCUCUUCUAGGCGUCAAUCGGCCUGCUUUGAUUUCGAAUAUGAGCCAGUACACGAAACAACGAACACAGGUUGCGGGGAAAAUGAUCUUUGAUCCUACAAAGAUGUGUUGGGUUGUUAAUCCAGAGUAUAUUUCUCGUAGACUUCGACAGAAACAAACAAAUUAUUCUCAACGCUCACUAGAUGAGGCUUGGGGAGAUGAGCCCGAUAUCUUUGCAGGCCUGAGCGAUAGCGACCUAAGCCAAGGGGAGCAAGAAGGUGAUGAUGACCGAGGACAGGAUCGUGAGGAUGCUCCUCGUGCCAGUGUAGGACGAAGCAAAAGCCAUCGCUUACUAUCAAGGCCUUCCUUUCGACGAUAUCCAACUCAGGAGCGUCUUGAAGAGGGAGGGCAUUUGAGACCCUGCCCUGAGACCAUGAAUUCAGCUCUCGCAAACGAGCCUGUGAAUUCACGACCAACCUCCGUUGUUAUUCAUUCUAUCGUCUCAAAAUCCAGCCGAAAGAGUUUAAAUGGCACACAUUCUAAUGGCUAUUCAAAUGGUAUGAGUGGUGGGGGUUACAGUAGUCGAGGUGAAUUUGAAGUUGGAGUAGAAUUUGAUAUCACGGACGCUUUCCUCGAGCAGUGCAUUGCCGCUGAAUCCCAGCAUCGUAAAGAUGCAGGCAAGUUCUUUGCAUUGCCAUGCACACCUGCCGUUGCGGAACCAAAUCCCAUACCUUCUGGCCCUCUGUCUAAGAUGCGAUCAUCCAAAGUUCUUUCUUUAGGAAAACGAUCAAGCAAACCAAAGACUCCUGAUUGCUUAAAGGAGAAUGAAGAAACAAACGGCAAUCAUCCAGAUAUGACACAGAAAGGAAGAAAGGGCAAAGAAAAGGCGGAUGAUAGCCUCCCGGGCACAGAGAGAACUUCUGAUUGUGUGAUUAUCCAGAAUAACAAAAUGGAGAAAAAUACGGACAAGUCGUUAACCCCAUUUCAACCCAAGAAACCCGUAUUGUCGUGGCCACCUCGUAACAAAUCAAAGUCUAGAUCCAUUAUUGCUUAUCUUCAAGACGAGCAGAACACACAGGGGAGCCCAGGGCAAAUUGAAAGCUCGAGCAAUCAGAAAUCAUCAACCUGGAAAAGGAUAAAGGGCUCUUCAGCCAAUUCUUCUAGCGAAAAUAGUACUCGUGUUGCUUGUAAAGACAAGAGCAAGGGUAAGAGCAAGGACAAAAACAAGGACAAGAGUAGAAAGAGCUUUGGACGUGUAGGCCUCCUCCCUUUCGCCUCGACUUACUCAUCCACAUCCUCUGCUGCUCCUGCUGCGGCCACACUUGCAGCUCGUGGCCGAGGAGGUCCUGAUGACGUGCAUUUUCAUCGACUCCCAUCAAAGCACGAUUCUAUAUGUGGCACAUUAUCAUUUUCAGCAACGCUAGCAGUUGCACGUAGAGGCCCUUUGUCGCAUGACAGGCGAAGAAUUGGAAAUCAUACAUUUGAUCCAGUGAAUACCCACAAACGAACUGAUGGUGAUGGAGAUGAGGAGGGUUCUCUAAAGGAGAAUAUAUCUCCUGAUGCGGACCAAGUUGACGAAGAUGAUGACUGGAUUGAACGAGGCUAUAGGGUGAUGUCCAGAGCAAGGGGCCGUCCGCCAUUGUUUCAAAGGACAGAGUUGUUACAGGAAUUUGAACGCCAUACAGGCCAACGAUACCAAUAGUCUACCUUCAGCAACAGAAUUUUAAGACGAGAUGCUACUUAUAUUUUUUUAUUACAUGUCGUUGAUGAUGCCCACCUAUUCCAAGAUCACUUUAUGCUUGACCUUGGUGAAAACAA